AUGUCUUGCACUCCGUCUGCCACUGCAACGGAGUAUGCCACUAUCACUACAUUUACGACCUCCACGUCGCUCUCACAGAGUGUAUUGAACAACCAGGACACAGUCACAACCAUCGUGCAGCAGAGCUGUAUUGCUACUGGCACCUUGAGUGGAUCCAAUAGUACAGGUUGUCUCUCGAGCGCAGCAGUCACGCAGGUGAACACCAUUGGAGGCGGGGCUGCCACCACACAAGUACCCAUAAUCGUGACAGUUCCAGUCACCCAGACUCAACCAACGAAUACUCUCUUUGCCUCUUGCUCUGACGGUUCCACCCCGUCGCAGACAACAUCUUCCACGACUAGUCAAACAAGUUCUUCUAGUUCAACUCCCCCAGUGACAACGUCUGUACUGGUAGUGACCACACCUGCACCAUCCAUUAUCACCCAAUCAUCUUCUACAACCCUUUCGAACGGCGAUGUGGUUGCGACUGUAGUCACUACAACGUCUACACUGCCAGCAUCUUCUGUUUACGUACCGUCUGUGAUCUCAAGCCCAACUGCCACAAGUACUAAAAGCGCGAGUGGGUCAGGCACAGAUGUAGCCCCCAUAGUCGGUGGCGUGAUUGGUGGUUUUGUUGGAUUGGUUGUGAUCGUGAGCGCUUUGUGGUACCUCUGUCGCAGACGCAGAUCCUGGGAUGAUAUAUUUGACAGAGAAGCUGUUGAAGAUGAAGAAUUUGACUCCCCUAUUGCUGUGCGCCGAAAUCAUGACAGGUCCAUGCUUGAUCUCGGCGCUGAGCCUAAACCGUAUCAGUAUGGACUUGUUGGACAUGUGACGCCACCACCAGGGUCUGGUUCCCCGCCAAGCUCUCAUCAUCCUUCAUUCAGUGCCUCCCUGGCAAGUACCCACAGCCGCAAUACGUCAGUUACCCCUUUGCUUGGCAUUAGUUCUGCACCUGGGAACGCUUCGAAGGCUUCCAUCUCAGGGUCCAUGCAGGCAGCACAGACUGCCACUGCGCAGAGGCAUCUCAGUGCAACAUCCCAAUCGACGUCCCAAUCUUCCACGGGCCCUCGAUCGCUGUCUGUGGUUUCGAGCAGUAGCGCGAUGCCUUUGUUAGGUAGAUCCGGAUCUUCAUCGCUUUCGCCGAGCAAUCGCGUUGAUGAGCUUGGCGCAUUUGAUCCGCUUAAUCGCACAGGAAGUCCUUCCCCUGUGAUCGACAGACGGGUCUUGCAAAUCAUCAAUGAUGACCCCCAAUCACCUAAAUCCAGUACUACUCCUGCUCCUGCUCCUGCUCCCGUUCCCGCUCCUACUCUCCGCUCCUUCAUCUGCGCCUGCCAGACCGCCCGGUAA